CUUCCUGUUCUCCACCAUGGCGGAUCAAGGUGAGAAGGAGAACCCCAUGCGGGAACUUCGCAUCCACAAGCUCUGCCUCAACAUCUGUGUGGGGGAGAGUGGAGACAGACUGACCCGGGCAGCCAAGGUGCUGGAGCAGCUCACAGGCCAGACCCCCAUGUUCUCCAAAGCUAGAUACAUGGUUAGAUCCUUUGGUAUCAGGAGAAAUGAAAAGAUUGCUGUCCAUUGCACAGUCCGUGGGGCCAAGGCAGAAGAAAUCCUGGAGAAAGGUCUAAAGGUUCGAGAGUAUGAGUUAAGAAAAAAUAACUUCUCUGAUACUGGAAACUUCGGCUUUGGGAUCCAGGAGCACAUCGAUCUUGGUAUCAAGUAUGACCCAAGCAUUGGGAUCUACGGCCUGGACUUCUAUGUGGUGCUGGGUAGGCCAGGUUUCAGCAUCGCAGAAAAGCGCAGGACAGGCUGCAUUGGGGCCAAACACAGAAUCAGCAAAGAGGAGGCCAUGCGCUGGUUCCAGCAGAAGUAUGAUGGGAUCAUCCUUCCUGGCAAAUAAA